UGAUGUUGAAGGGGGCAAGUAUUCAGUGGACACCGACAUACGGUUUAACCGGCUCCAAAAACUUGUUUAUUCCUCAGAUAAUUGCGUAUUACAGUAAUUGUUCGUCAAAGGAUACAGCAGAAAUGGCGCGAGAUCCUGCAUCCGAGCAGCUCAACGAGUACAAGAAAUCUGUCAAGGGCGAUCCACCGGUUCUAUUGACUGGCAAUGGUGCCCCCAUUGCAGAUAAAACGGCUAGCCUUACGGCUGGCCCAAGGGGCCCCAUGCUCAUCCAAGAUUUCGUUUACCUCGAUGAAAUGUCGCACUUUGAUAGAGAACGAAUUCCCGAGCGAGUCGUUCAUGCUAAAGGAGCGGGUGCCUUUGGUUACUUCGAGGUCACUCAUGAUAUCACUAAAUACACAAAAGCCAAAGUGUUUUCUAAAAUUGGCAAGCGAACACCGAUUGCCGUAAGAUUUUCCACCGUGGGAGGUGAGAGUGGCUCAGCUGAUACCGUCAGAGAUCCGCGUGGAUUUGCUGUCAAGUUCUACACCGAGGAAGGAAUAUGGGACUUGACUGGAAACAAUACUCCCAUAUUUUUCAUCAAAGAUCCACUCAUGUUUCCAAGCUUUAUUCACACCCAAAAGAGGAAUCCAACGACUCAUCUCAAGGAUAUGGACAUGUUCUGGGAUUUUCUGUCUCUCAGACCCGAAAGUACACACCAAGUUAUGAUCUUAUUUUCUGAUCGUGGUAUUCCUGACGGAUAUCGACGCAUGAAUGGCUAUGGUUCCCACACAUUUAAACUUGUUAAUGAUAAAAAUGAAUUCGUGUGGUGCAAAUUCCAUUACAAGACGGAUCAGGGAAUUCAGAAUCUUCUUGCUGAGAAAGCGGGCCAGCUAGCGUCAACAGAUCCAGAUUACGGCAUUCGCGAUCUUUACAAUUCCAUUGCUGAUAAAAAGUACCCCACCUGGACAUUUUAUAUUCAAGUAAUGACGGAGGCUCAAGCGCAAUCGUUCAAGUGGAAUCCUUUUGAUUUAACGAAGAUCUGGCCCCACAAGGACUUCCCACUGAUUCCAGUUGGAAAAUUGGUCCUCGACCGAAAUCCACAAAACUAUUUCCAAGAUGUUGAGCAAUUGGCUUUUGACCCUGCACACAUGGUGCCAGGUAUUGAAGCCAGCCCUGACAAGAUGCUCCAGGGUCGUCUGUUUGCAUAUGGAGACACACACCGACAUCGCCUGGGACCCAAUCAUUUACAAUUGGCUGUCAAUUGUCCUUACAAGCAACUUUCUAUUAUGAAUUAUCAACGAGAUGGCUUGAUGCCGACUCACAAUCAGAAUGGAGCCCCGAAUUACUACCCAAAUAGCUUCAGCGGUCCCGUGGAGUGUCCUGCUGUACGUUCACCACCGAUAAAACUUUCAGCGGAUGCCGUUGCCGAUCGUCAUCAGCCAGUUAAUGAGGAUGACUUUGGACAAGUCACGACAUUCUGGCGGCAAGUAUUGGACGAUGGAGCUAAAACCCGACUGGUUGAUAACAUGGUUAACAGUUUGAUGGGUGCAUCGAACUUUAUCAUCGAACGUGCCGUUCGCAACUUUUCGCAAGUCGACGUUGAUCUCGGAAAAAGAUUAACGGAGGGUCUUAGAAAGAAGGGAAAAAUCAUUAAUGUCUCCGGAAAAUCGGCGAACUUGUAGGAUUAUUAUGUCUCAAUAUGUCUGUUAUGGGUAUUGACGAUAUUCAAUUAUAUUUGCACUUUUUACAUAUCUUAGAUAUUUUUUAUAUGAGGGUUUUUUCAUUCAAUUAAUUCCA